UGCCUCCUGGUGGUGGUGUGGGCGGCUAACGUACUUGCCAUCCUCAGUGGCGGCGCAACUCAUUUCUGCCUGAAAUGAGUUACCCCUUAUAUAUUGUGGAUCGUAUGCAUUUUUAACGUGAAAUCAAGGUUAAUAAGUAAUUUCAUGGAUUCCUUGUAUCGGGUACAAUGUCUUUUAGGGUAUAGAGCUGUGAUCCUAUUUGCGCAUUCCGUGAGAUGGAAAACUAUCCCUGCAUUGUCGGAAACUGUGGAAGUUAAGGAACGUAAGAGUAGUACGAAAAUUUCUAAGGAUACGAUAGCUCAACUAGAACGACUGUCCUUAGUAGAUUUUGAUAACGAAGAAGGGAUCCGUCGACUGGAAGCUGCUAUAGAUUUCGCUAAGAGACUCCGUGAUCUUAAAAUUGAUGAUUCGGUGCUUCCAAUGUAUACCAUCUUGGAAAAUGAAAAUCUAUAUUUAAGAGAAGAUAAAGUGACGGAAGGUAACUGCCGUGACAAGAUCUUAAAGAAUGCUACCCUUCUCGAAGAGGAAUACUUUGUAGCACCACCUGGCAAUAUACCAAAACAAUGACAGUCGACGCAGUCCUAAAAUCUUUGGAAUCCCUGAGACUCUAAGAGUCAGUAAAGAUAUCACCCCUAACGAUGCACCAUUUGGUCUUGCAAUGCUGAACGAUAUCAGGACUCCUUGGAAUCAUAGCACUUUCUCUUCUGAUAUUAAGACUAUCCCUCACA